AUGAACACCACCUGCUUUCUAAAAUAUUUUGUCCAAAAAGCAAACAAAUAAAAAACUCUAGAAUCCAUUAAUUAAAAAAAGUUAUAAAAGUGGAAAUCCACAACUUUCUCAAAGGCUAAUCUUUUAAAUAGCAAAUGACCUUUAUGCAUAAUAAUAAUAAUCACCACGGUGGCAUGCUGGGAAAAUAACUAAUAAUAAAGAAAAAGUCGUGCAACUGAAAAAAAUGACAACACAAUGGCUCCUUUUGCUCUUAAAUAAAAGUGUGAAAUAUCCAUUAUGAUAUUUUUGUAGGAUUGACUCAGACCUUGGUGUUUAAAACCAAAAUAAAAUAUUCAAUGGUGUGUUUUUGCCUCCCAAAGUUGAAAUAUCAAUAUGCUUAUUUCCAGACGGAGGCGCGGCCAGGAGAAACGAUGAGCUGUGAUCCGCCCUCUGCAGCAGCUGGCUGCAGCAGCACCAGGAUGCAGCAGGAGAGAAGAAAGAAUAGUUGCUAAUAACUUUCAAACUGGGAGUGUUUUACCGUCAUGCGCUGGAAAAGUGAAGUGAAGGUAGAGUGCUGCUUCAACGGCAGAGAGAGCGGAUCUCUGCUGUCCAACGAUGAGCGUCUCGUCAUGUGUGAGGAUUGCAAGGGAGACGCAGAGCUGCUGGGUAAAUGCUCUGAGGACAGGAGAGACAUCAUGGGCGCGCCGGUGGAAGUUUUGGAUGAAGACACUUCAUCCCCGCGGGCGAUGCCAUCCGCGCCGCUUCUGGGCAGGAGCGUGUGCGCCAAUUGCAACGAGGAAAUAGUGGAUAAAUACUUAUUAAAGGUUAACGACUUGUGCUGGCAUGUGCGCUGUCUCUCGUGCAGCGUGUGCCAGACUUCGCUUGGCAGCCACGCGAGCUGCUACAUCAAAGAGAAAGAGGUGUUCUGCAAACUGGAUUAUUUUCGAAGAUACGGCACCUGGUGUGCGUGCUGCGGCAGGAACAUCCACGCCACAGACUGGGUCCGCCGGGCCAAAGGGAACGUUUAUCACCUGGCCUGCUUCGCCUGCUUCUCCUGCAAGAGGCAGCUUUCCACCGGGGAGGAGUUCGCUCUGGUGGAAGGGAAGGUGCUCUGCAGGAUUCAUUAUGACUGCAUGCUGGACAACCUCAAGCGGGCCGUGGAGAAAGGGAACAAUGUGAACAUGGAGGGCGCCGUGCCCACUGAACAGGAAAUUAAUCAACCAAAACCCUCAAAGAGAGCCCGAACCAGCUUCACGGCCGAUCAGCUGCAGGUGAUGCAGGCUCAGUUCGCUCAGGACAACAACCCUGAUGCUCAAACACUGCAGAAGCUGGCAGAGCAGACCGGCCUCAGUCGAAGGGUCAUACAGGUCUGGUUCCAGAACUGUCGAGCUCGCCACAAAAAGCACGUGAGCCCCAACCACACCUCCAGCACCUCGAUGACCACCCUGCAGCCCAGCCGCCUGUCCCAGCCCACCCCGACCCCAGAGGAGCUGCAGUACACAGCCUACGGAGGCCCAGAGGGUUCAAUGCUCUCAGCGCUACACUCCUUCAUAGACAUACACUCUCCUCCUUCCAUGUUUCAGCCGUUGGUGCCAGCCCACGCUAUGGCCUCCCUUCCUGUGUCUCACGCCUAAGCUGCUGUCUUUCUUUAUCAUAUCACACACACACACACACACACACACACACACACACACACACACACACACACACACACACACACACACACACACACACACACACACACACACACACACACACACACA